GCAAGGGGAACCUCGACUGCUCGACCGGGCAACGCGACAUGGCCCCGACAGAUCGGGCCUCGAUGAUCUCCCAGCGGGGUGGUUCUGCAGCGAAUGUGGCUGCCCUAGCAGGGCAUCCUGCGAUGAUUGACUUUCGGCAGCGAUUCUUCAGGCCAAAUACAUGACCUCAGGGCUUUCUGCAGAAUCGAGAUGGGACGACCGACCCGAAUGCGGGCACAGACCGUGCCCUCUUAAAGAUGCCAGGGCCCCCGGGCUUAGGGUCGGGACCCCUCUGCCUCCAGCCCCCGCGAGCCUUCCCGAUUUCUGCUCCAGAUCACCAUCAUGGGGGACGGAAUUACGACCGGCAAGGCCGGGGAACACGGAUACAGCCACGACAACCUCCGACAUGUCGUGAUCACGGCCACCUCCUUUGCCCUGAUCCUGUCCACCGUCUCCGUCGUCCUGCGCCUGCUGUGCCGGAAGAUCACCAAGACCAAGGUGUUCUUCGAUGACUACUUAAUCCUGGGGGCCCUGUUUUUCGAAUAUGCGGUGUCCCUGGCGGGCGUUGUCUUGCUCUACAACGGACUGGGAACGCAUAUCGUGUAUGUGCCGCAAAAGGACUUGACCGUCUACCUGAAGACCCUGGCCAGUGGCAGCUUCCUCUACCCCCUGUGCAUCACCUUCACCAAGCUGUCCAUCCUCGCGCUGUACAAGCGGAUCUUCUCCAUCCGACCGAUGAUUCUGGCGGCCAACGGGGUCGCCGCCCUGGUGAUCCUGUGGUGCUUCGGGGUGUGCCUGAUCGGGGCGGUGACCUGCAUGCCCUUCCACAAGCUGUGGGAUCCGACCGUCCCCGGGGGAUGCAUCAACCUGCCCCAGUUCUACUACGGGCUCCAAAUCCCCAACAUCGUUAGUGACGCCAUCAUCCUCGUCCUCCCGAUGCGGCCGGUGUGGAACCUGCAGGUGCCCCGGACCCAGAAGGUCAUGCUCACGGGCAUCUUCCUCCUGGGCGCGUUAACCCUCGCCUUUGAUAUUGUUCGACUGGUGACGAUGAUUGAACUGUCCCGAGCGGGCGACGACAUCACCUAUAACGAGGUGCCGGCCAGCGUGUGGACGUGCAUCGAGCCGGCGGUCGGCAUCACGGCGGCGUGCCUGUCCAACAUGCGGCCGCUCUUCCUGAUGAUCAGCCAGGUGCGCGUGCGCCUGCCGUGGAAGAUGUCGGCGGUGGCGUCGCGGGCGUCCAGCACGGGGGCCAGCGUGGCGGAGCGGUUCAAGAUCCACUCGACGACGGUGGUGCGAGUGGACAGCUGCCGCGCGGAGAGCGACGCGCCCAGUCCGGCGCGGGCCUCCGUCGUCCACGGAUUCCCGUCUGUGCCGAGAACCUCGCCGUUGUCCACGAGUCUGGAGUAG